AUGACAAGUGCUGAACCCCCCUUUCCUAACUUGUACCGGAGUCGGUUGGUUUCUGAAAACGAUCUGAGAUCAUGUGUUGUGUGUUUUAAGUUCACUACGACCGUGAUGCUAGCAGACAAUAAAGCAGACUUUUUCUAUGUAUGUGCUGGACAUUUAAAGGACACCAACUUUUGUGAUCCUAUACACAGUGAUGAGUAUUUAGGUUGGAUAAGAGAACGAGACAGGCUAUACAAGCGGAUAUCUGAGUUGAAGAGGAAGAUGGAUGAUGAGGCUUGGAAUAAGUAUUUACCUACCAAAUGGAUUGGAAAGAGCAGGGCCAAGGAUGAAGAUAAAAAUAAACAUAAAGCAGAUGACGACGACGACGACGACGAAAAGAAAACAGACGAAGUGAUGAUGAAAAAGAUGAAUAAGGAAUUGGAGACAGUGCUAGAUAAGAUAAGUGGUUAUAGUAGUAAGGAUUUCAAAUUGAAUAAAGAUGUUUAUCGAAUGAGAUUGCAACGAUAUCAUAAUCAGAAGGUUCAAGCUAAACGACAACAAGAAAUACAAUCAGAUCCUGGUUUCUUUCCUCAAGUUCCAACUAAUAAGCUCGGGGACAGGGAAUGA